CUACACUCACUCACUCACACACUCACACACACACUCACCAGAAAAGUUAGGAGGCCAGGCGGACUGUGGGAUACCGACGGAUAGGAAGUGACGGGAUUGCAUGAAUUGCAGCGAGAGGAGAAAAAAGAAAAAAGACGAGAAUAUCAACACAAAGCAGAGUGAGAAGCAACGUGCGGUCGUCGGUGUGUAAGCUGCGGUCCGGGGGAAAGUGAUUGCGCACGAUCUUAUCACCGCAGAUAAAGACUUAAACUGGACGAGUGAGGAGCACAGAUUUGUCUUUUAGGCAAAGGAAGGACUGUCGUCUUGAUUUCCAUGACCGCGCUUGUGAUUCUGGAAAGUGCUUUGCGCACAGAGGGGGACCAAAUGGAAGCGCGUCCUGUGAAGUCGGAUCCAACGACCCCGCAGUGAAUAUGAAGGAACAAACUUUGCGUUGAACCCGAGAGAACAGUCGAAGGAUAUGAAUGCAGUCGGAUUCGGAUUUCGGAUUCCACUUGGUUUUUCUCUGUCGGGCUCAGUUCUGCGUGUUCGGGGAUGUUGGCGAGUUGCAUGUGUGCGGCUUCAGUUCGGAUACUGACCCAUGUGUGCGUCCUGGUCUUGGUGCUGGUGGUGCUCGCUGUGGGACUCCGAGCCUCGGAGCUGCGGGUCCGGGUCCGGCUCGUUGAUGGACUCGUGACCGAGGAGGUGUUGGAGGCGGACAGCGAGAGAGACUCGAUUUCACUCGAAUUCAAACAAGGAGACGGGACUCUUAUUACUUUUGUGGCGGACUUCAAACAGGAGGUGAAGAUAUUUCGAGCCUUGAUUCUGGGCGAGCUGGAGAGAGGACAGAACCAGUACCAGGCGCUGUGCUUCAUCUCUCGACUCAGCCGCAAUGAGAUCAUACCGAGCGAGUCUAUGGCCCGUCUCAGACAGAAAAAUCCGCAGGCCAUUCGCUUGGCAGAGGAGCGGAGAGGUUUGGAGCAGCUGACGAUGAGUGUGGCUGUUAAUCUGAGUCGGGCUUUGCAUCUCAGCUCUCACAUCCACAACAUGUGCAGCGAGGCCCGGGAGGCCGUUUACACCAGGGAGGCGGAUGUCAAACACUGGCUAGACAAAGGGGUGGAUGGCUCCAUAUUUGAGGUCCUGCCCCAAACAACGGAGAUGCCUAAUUUUCAGGCUUGUCAUUCUACUAAAGACUUGUGGCAACCCUGUCUCUGCACAUACAGCCUGCGUCUGGAGUGGUACCCGUGUCUGUUGAAGUAUUGUCGCAGCCGGGACACCACUGGAAAAGGCUCUACCUACAAGUGCGGCAUAAAGAGCUGCAGCAAGGGCUAUCAUUUUACCUACUAUGUUCCCCAGAAACAGCUCUGUCUAUGGGAUGAGGAGACCUAGCAUUUGUUCUGGGUGGUUAAGAAAAGAGAAAAUGCAGUUGUUUUUUGCCCCCAUCAAGCCAUUGCCUCUCCAAAGUAAACGCAGUAACACUGGACCUCAGUUCAUAUGAUUACGAGUGAAGCUGUCUCAGGUGGAGAGUGGUGAGAUCCAGAUGUCCGCGCUGAAACAGAAACAAAUUCAGGUUACAAAUGAGACCAAAAUCUUAAAGGACAGAGCGAUGCAGCUCACUGAUAUAAGAGGUCUCUCUAACUUCAAGCCUUUUCUGGGGAGAAAAUGACAUGUACUUGUCAGCCAAAUUGUGACUUUGACAAGGGACUGUCACUUGUGUGCCUUUUUUUUUUUUUUUUUUUGAGAAAUGAUUGGAGCAGGAGACCAACAGUAACCUCUGAGAACUGGACAGCGCAUUUCUAGUCCAUUAAACAUCAGUAGAGUCCCACACUGAUUAAACGGGGGUACACACACACACAUCAUCUUCCAUCCUGAUGAAGGAAAAGUUGGAUGGUGGCCAGCUAAAUGCCUCUUUAUAAUAUUGUGUGAUGGCUGUCAAAGAAAAAGGUUUAUCCAAUGCUGGCUUUAUUUAUUUUGGUUGCAAAGUGAAAUUAUGGAGGACUAUUUUGUAUAAUUCUGUUUUAAAAUAACCUAAUUUUUCUCUUAUAUUUGAAUAAAUAUGUUCUUAAAUUCACAUGCUCAAACCACAGGUCCUUGUAGUAACGAGACAUAUUUAAACAUGUACUGUUGAAAGACUGGAUAUUAGACUCCAUAUGUCAUUUUACUUCCUUUCAAAACGUAAAGCUGCACGUUGUACUCAAUAGGACACCAUCAUGCCCAUCACUUUAAUUAUCAUUUGUAAGUAUCAAGUAAACCAAAGUUAAAACAGUUAGAAGAAGGGUGUAAAGUUUCAGUUUUUAGAAACAGUCUCUACAGUGUGGAUCAUAGACUGUAAAUAAAGAAGAAAAUCUUUUACUGUCUGUGGUUUAGGCUUCACUAAAACUACUUUUAAUAGUCUAUACUGCCAUCUUGUGGUUGGAAAGUGUUCCAUUUUUUUUUGUUUUUUUUAAUCCAAAUGCCUCGCUCUGGUUUUGUCUGUUAAUGUCAAGAUUAAUGUUCAUACAUCUCAAAUCCCUGAUCAUAACCGGUGUAAUUCAGAAGCACUUCUUUAAACCCAUGGGACCAAAAUUCACUCUGUCUGUUUCUCAGAGGGAACAUUUGUCAGUGCAGCCUUUUCUGGUGAACAAGUGCCUUAACAUUUCCACUGAUUUAUAUUUGCUAUGUAAUUGUAGUUAAAGUUGUUGAACGUAUUUUUUCUAUGAAAGAAUUCUGAGUAUGCUGUAAAAAGAGAGAGAUGUACCGUUUAUGAGUUGUUUUACAGUAAUUGUUUCAAUAAAGUAUUUCCUUGCACUGCA